AUGGCCGACCUAUACCCUCCCUCCUCGUACCAGCAGCGCCACCACGCAUACCCCCAGAUCUCCACGUCGUCGCUCCCCGUCUACUCACAGCCCAUGUCCGCCCACCACUCCGGCUCAUCCAACAGUUCCGACGAAUCCCUUCACGACCAGCCACAGACUCCCUCAAAACAGCAGCAGCAGGACCCCCAAGGCCCGCAGCAGAACCAGAAGACGGAGAGCAAGCCUCAGGCCACUUUCUUGACAAAGUUGUACGCUCUUUUGGAACGACCGGAGAAUCAUCACAUGAUUAGAUGGGACCCUGCAGGCGAGCACAUCAUUGUCGAGCGACCAGAACAGCUCGCGCUGCACGUCCUACCAAGUAUCUACCGUCAAUCAAGAUUCGCCAGCUUCUCCCGGCAACUAAACAUCUAUGGCUUCAUGCGAAAGGUUAACUUACGCAACGUUGAUCCUGCUAUCGAUGAUCCAGAUGCAAGCACUUGGUCACAUCCGACUCUGAACCGACACUCCCCAGCCGAUGUAGUUGCAAACUUCAAACGACGCGUGCCUCCUCGUCUCCCCAAACCUCGCAAACGUGAUACCCAUGAACCCCCUUCGAUACCCCCACCUCGUUCUGCUAUUGGCAUGGGCCCUGUUCCGCUCACAGUACCGGUUAGCCCUUCGAACAAGCAUUCUGCUGCCGUCGGCCGCAACCGCGGCUUCUCAGCACCCGGGUCGUAUACUCCUCUCGCGCAGGGUGCUACCGCCGGUUGGGGAACAACGAAUGCCUACACUCGGUCCGCUCUUCCUCCACUUACUGUACCUUCGGAUCCACCGCAUGUCUCGCACAACGGCUUAUACCACUCCCCUCAUACCCUUCAUCCGAUUACGCCUCCCGAUGAAUCACCAUCCUCUGCCGGAUUCAAUUCAAUGUCUUCCUAUUCGAGCCACGUCAACCAUUCUCAGUAUUCCUACGGAGAGCCCCACCAAAAUUGGUCCUUUUCGCCGACAAGCAACGGGAGUUCUUCCAGCCACAACGGUAGUCUGUCUUCCCUCUUGAACCCCAGCAGCAGCGGAUAUUCUGCCCGACCCACGCCUACGAUUAAUACGUCAUACGCUUCUCCUUUCUCUGCCAUGCCUAUGCAGUCGGAACACAGUGCUUCUUCGAUGUCCCCGGAUAGUCGUCCCACCACUGGUUAUUCCCUUUCUUCCGUUUCCAUGUCAUAUGAGGACGGAAUGCACGACUACUCUCGGCCAAAUUCGAGCCACCGUCCGAUUUCCCCAGGUCGUCCCCAAUCUUCCAAAUCAAGCUACUGUGGCCCGUCUUUGAGCGUCCGCCGAGCACGCCGUCAUAGCCAAGCCAUGAGCCCAUACCCCAGUCCGUAUGAUCACCCAUCUGAGCAGCAGCGACCGUCGACUUCGCCGCAGCCUACAGAUGAACACUCCUCUUCUGGCAUCCCGCGGGUGAGGAGUAUGAUUCAGCUGCCCUCCGUGGAUCAGUACAGUUUCAACCCUUCACAGGCUGACUUUGCCUACUCGGCAAUCCCUGGUAAUGGAUCGUCGCUUGAGUCAAUGGGUGCCAACGGUUGGGACCACCGCACUGCUCGACCGUCGACGUCGACGUCGUCAAUAUCCGCUGCGUCGCAUGCUUCAUCCUCGCAAGCCAACACCCCGCCAGUGUCAGAUGGCUAUCACAACGACACGGACAUUAAUCGAUUCUCGCCCGACUUUGGCUACGUCCCGAUGACCGAACACAUUCCUCAGUCGUACAAUAAAGCCGCAGGCGAGAUGUGA